AUGGAGGUGUGUGUGGUGGUUAAUGAAGUGAGAGGAGGCAGUUGGGUUUUGGCAAAGAUUUUUAGGCUAGUGGCUAGUUUUUCACGACUAGAUUAUGUUGACAAGGGUGGUGUAUUGACGAAGAAGGUGGAUGGGUUGGUGUUUCAACAAAGGAGUUUUGCAGACGUGUCCUCCGGGGGACCCCUUGGAAUUGGUCCGCAAAGAAUAUCCAAUGGUGCAAACUCAGCUCCAUGGACCCAAAAAUUAACAACUUGCCGACAUGUGUAUCGGGAAAUCCUAAAAUUGGGUGGAUGGGUUACUGAGUUGUUGAGUUUGAAAGAAAUAUGGACUCUUGCUAUUAAUUUCAACUUGAUGGGGGUUCAAAAGAUUAGUACACAAACAGAAGUCUUUGCUCCUCCGCCAUUCAACACUGUACUUAUUCUUAGAUUCAUCAUGGAGUUUUCAGAGCCUACAAGAAUUGUCUUCAAUAGAAUUAAAAAACUGGAACUAGAAAAUGCUACGAAAAUUUUAGGCUACCUUUGGUGCAAAGGAAUUGGUGAUCAAGAAAUGAUUAAAUUGGCUAUGAGUUCUGAUGUGGUUAUUCAAGAAUUGAUUUAUAGGGCUAAAUCUGAACUACCAUCUUCGCCAAUGCCACCUCUCAUUAAUUCCCUGUCUAUUUUAGAACUUCCAUCGCCUGUUUCUACUCAGCAUUUCUUGUCCACAGCAGCCUUUCGUGUCCCUUCUCCCUGCUGGGAGCCUCCAAUAGCUGCUAAGCAUAAUUUAGACUUUGCGCCAAUAGGUUGCCCGGAUUCUAUAUCUGAACUCCAGAAUCAAACUCAAUUCUUUAGUUUAGAGGAUCAAAUAGAGAAACUCAACUUGGGAAAUGUGGGAUAUGCAAGUGACUAUUCCUACUCAGAUGCUGCAUUGGGUAAUCUAUGUGCAAGAACAGGUGGACGAUACCGUAGCCUAAAUGAAUUCCCCAAUAAGACUUGUCACUAUUUCAAGAAGGGUUUCUGUAAGCAUGGAAGUAAUUGUAGGUAUUUUCAUGGACAAAUCUCUCAGAGUUUGCCUCAAUUGUUUGAUGUUAUAGAUGAAGAUCAAGUUUUCUCUGCCAACUCCCUUGAGAAGUUGGAGCUGGAAAUCAGAGAGAUCUUGAAAUCAAGGAAAGGAUAUCCCAUUUCAAUUGCUUCUCUGCCAAUGAUAUAUUAUGAGAACUAUGGAAAACAUCUUCAAGCCGAAGGGUACCUCACAGAGAGCCAGAGAUAUGGUAAAGCUGGUUACAGUUUGACACGGCUUCUUGCUAGAUUGAAAAACGGUAUUCGGCUGAUUGACAGACCUCAUGGACAGCAUGCAGUAAUUUUGUCAGAAAAUGCCCCCAAAUACAUGCAAAAUCGGGGUGAUAGAAAUGACCCCGGUCCAAUUGUUAGUGGAUCGCAGCAGAUAUAUCUAACAUUUCCAGCUGAGAGCAUUUUUACUGAAGAAGAUGUCUCCAAUUACUUUAGUAAUUUUGGGCCAGUUGAGGAUGUAAGGAUUCCCUCCCAACAGAAAAGAAUGUUUGGCUUCGUAACGUUUGAAAGUGCAGAUACUGUGAAGAUGAUUUUAGAAAAUAGAAAACCUCAUUAUGUUUGUGGGACCCGGGUUCUUGUCAAACCUUACAGGGAAAAAUCAAAGCUUUUUGACAGGAAGUAUCAGGAAAGGAUUGAGCAGGCUAUAUAUUACGAUACUCACUAUGUAGACACGGAUGCCGAAUUUCAUCCAAGUAAGUUAAUGGAAACUGGAAGGGUCAGAUUGGGUUUUAGCUGGGAUUUAAAAGCAGCUUACGGAAUUAGCUUAGAAUUUGAUUCGAUCUCAAAAGAAAACUAA